AUGGGCGAUAAAGUUUUUUUGGCAAAAGGAAAAAAGGUCUUUCAUUUGUACUUCUUUUUUGGAUUCUUUUUACAUUUUCACUUCUCUUUCACUCUUUCUUUCUUUUUUUCUUUCUUUCUUUCCUUCUUUCUUUCUUACUUUCUUUCUUUCCUUCUUUCUUUCUUACUUUCUUUCGUUCCUUCUUUCUUUCUUUCUUUCUUUCUUUUCUUCUUUCUUUCUUACUUUCUUUCGUUCCUACUUUCUUUCUUUCCUUCUUUCGCUCCUACUUUCUUUCUUUCCUUCUUUCUUUCUUCCUUUCUUUCGCUCCUACUUUCUUUCUUUCCUUCUUUCUUUCUUCCUUUCUUUCGCUCCUACUUUCUUUCUUUCCUUCUUUUAUUUUUUUCUUACUGUUCUUUCCGUAUUUUUACUCUUCAUUCUUUCCUUUCUGUCAUUUCCCACAUCUUUUCAUUAUUCUUUCUUUCUUUCUUUCUUUCUUUCUUUCUUUCUUUUUCUUUCGUUUCUGUCAUUUACCCCAUCUUUUUAUUAAUUUUCCUUUCUUUCUUUCUUUCUUUCUUUCUUUGCUUUUUAUUUCUUUCUUUGCCCGUUUUUGUUCAUUCUUUCUUUCUUCUUUCUAUUUUCUUUCUUUCUUCGGCUUUCUUUUAUUUUCGUUUUUCUUUCUUUCUUUCUUUCUUUCUUUCUUUCUUUCUUUCUUCUCUAUCUUCCUUCCUUCCUUCCUUCCUUCCUUCCUUUCUUUCUUUCUUUCUUUCUUUCUUUCUUUCUUUCUUUCUUCCUUCCUUCCUUCCUUUCUUUCUUUUCUUUUCUUGGCGUUCUUCCCGCAUUUUUACUCGUCAAUCUCUCAUUUCUGUCCUUUUCAUCUUUUCAUCAUUUUUCUUUCUCUUUUUCUCUUCAUUCUCUUCUUUCUCUUUUCUUUUCCUUUCCCUUACCUUUUCUUUCUUCCUUUCUUUCUUUCUUCCUUUCUUUCUUUCUUUCUUUCUUUCUUUCUUUCUUCCUUCCUUUCUUUCUUUCUUUCUUUCUUUUCUGUCGUUCUUCCCUCAUUUUUACUCUUUAUUUUCUCCUUUCUCUCCUUUUUCAUCUUUUCAUCAUUUUUCUUUCUCUUUUUCUCUUCUUUCUAUUCUUUCUCUUUUCUUUUCCCUUUCCGUCUCUUUUUUCUUUCUUUCUUUCUUUCUUUGUUUCUAA